CCUGGCUUCUCCCUGGAGAAAGGCACAGAGUUCAGCCACGUGACAUUUUAGUCUCUGAACGAGACCCUUGAGGAUUUACUAAACAUACCCUGGGAUUGUUCCAAAUAUCUGUGUGUACAAAUAUCAGCAGAACCCUGCACAUCAACUUCAGGCUUGUGGUAAAUUAGGAGUUAAAUUGCUGCUGUAAAGCAAUUUUAUCUCUGUGUUGGGCUGAGGCUGAAACUGAGUCAUGUGUGCAUAUUUGGAUACGUCACACCCUCUUGCUGUAGCAGACAAAGAACAAAUUAGCUCCGUACCAUAAACCUCAUGCUUACAGGAUGCUUCUGGAGGACAGAUCAAUCAUUCUUUAGUCCCUUAAGAGGGGGAAGAAAGSCCACAAAACACCUCUCGAGAUGAACUAGCGCAGCACCGGCUGGAUCUCACACACUACAAUGAAGACACUGUUUUUCAUGGGUCUGCUCUCUCUUACCUCCAGUCUUUGUGCUACAGCUUCAGAAUUUCCACUGAAUGGCUCUGAGAUUAAAACUGUGUCUCUUAUCAAAACUUUUCGAGGAAUUGCAGCAAGAGACUAUGAUUACAUCCCCCCUUAUGCCAUAGAAGGGGAGACAACAACCAUCCGUAUCAGAGAAAACAAAUGCACAUCAAAAAAGUCAAAUGACUCCAUUUUGACAGAGGUGAACAACACCACGCUGGAGUACCUGACCAGCUCUGUGAGCACCAAGCUGAUCCCUGCUGUCUACCUCAGUGCUGUUUUAUUGGGUGUACCCUCCAAUGCCRUUAUUUUGUGGAUGCUGCUCUUCAGGAUCCGCUCUGUGUGCACCGCCGUCCUCUACACAAACCUGGCCAUUUCAGACCUGCUCUUCUGCAUUGUGCUGCCCUUCAAAAUAGCCUACCACAUCAACGGGAACAACUGGGUAUUUGGGGAGACCAUGUGUCGAGUGGCUACGGCCGUGUUUUACGGCAACAUGUACUGCUCCAUCCUGCUGCUCACGUGCAUCAGCGUCAGCCGCUACAUGGCCAUCGUUCACCCCUUCACCUACAAGAGCCUCCCGAAGCGYGCCUACGCCAUCGCAGCCUGCGCUGCCGUCUGGGCCAUCGUCUUCCUCUACAUGCUCCCACUCGGCAUCAUGCAGCAGAGCUACUACGUGAAGCAGCUGGGCAUUUACACCUGCCACGACGUGCACAGYGMCUGCGAAACCGUGUCUUCCUUUCAGUUCUACUACUACAUGUCCUUAGCCAUAUUCGGGUUUUUGAUACCCCUUGCAACCAUUGUGUUCUGCUAUGUCUCAAUUAUACGAACACUCAAGACUCAUGAAUGGUUCUGGUAUGUGAAAGUCUGUCUUUUGAUUCUUACCAUCUUUGCUAUUUGCUUUGCGCCAAGCAAUAUUAUCCUUAUUAUCCAUCACGUCAACUAUUACUACUACAAGACAGAUGGGUUGUAUUCUUUUUAUCUAAUUGCUUUAUGUCUUAGCAGCCUGAACAGUUGUCUUGAUCCCUUCCUUUAUUUUCUGAUGUCAAAAAUUAGGAGUCAAUCAAAUAUUUAUCUAACRAUGGUUAAAAUAUCCAGGGAAAAAUGAAUUUAUUUCUAUUACUGGAAUUAUGAUUUUGUAUAGUACUAACCCAGACGGCAACAAAUCUCAGGUGUGGCAUUUAAACUUCCAGCAAAAUGCGUUAGAAAAAUCAGUCUCAGUUAAAUUUAUUUCCUUCYACACUAGGAAUACCUCCAAAAAUACUCUUCUCCAGCUCUACAAUCUAAUUACACAUAUUCCAACACCUGCGUACCUAGGCUCAGGGAAGUAGCUCUGCACCUCCAUUCUUUCUGAGAUCAAUUUCUGGCCAUGGAGAAGCUGCCAGAAUAUCAGUGACCACGGCCUCUAUGUACCAGAAAAGGAGUCAGCAUCCAAACUGCACUUUUAGGGCAAUUCAUGAUACUCUGAAUUAGCUCUCAGCUGACAAUGACUGCAGGAACAGUGAUAUAAAACUAGGUUUUUGGCCUAGUGCAAAUGGAGACAAGUAAAAGCACUUUGUACAUUCCUGGGAGCAGUCAAGAGCAAAUACAGCCCUGGAUUUAUUAGAAAUAAAGAGCCAGAGUCCCCACAGGUUCACAGAGCAGUAAACCUGCAGCCGUGGACRCAGAACCUGACUCUUGCAAAGCUGCAACUCCUGUGAGGCUGCUUAACCAGCUUUGCACUGGAGACUUGUUCUUCCACUUUGUCAGCGCCUGCACUCCCCCAGCCCACWGGGGCUGCUGGGAGCUCACCCUUAUCUGUGUGAAUCCAGGCAUGUAGCACUCUUGCUUGGUAAGCAAAAUGGGGAAACUAUUUUGUAGUAUUCUCUAUUUCCACAUCCUCACAGGAAAUACCUACAGUGUUACAAAUACUGCAGCUCAUUGAUUUCAGUAAAACAAAGGGUCAACUUUUACCUUUACAGCAGCUCAGAUGUUCCUAAAAGAUUAGCUCAGUGGUUGUCGUUUGAAUUUUUAACUGCAGCAUGUAAAUGGGGAUAAAAAUGUUUUAUAUUGUUUUGAUAAUAGUAUUAUAAAAAACUUUUUUUUAAGUAAGUUGCACUGGAAAACACCUCGGGGGAAUUUGCAGCCUGGUAAGGGCUCCCCUUCUUCAAUUUCUUCUGUCUCUUAAGUUAGUUUUAAUCCUGCCAUUCCUUCAAUGUUUACAAGAACAAGUUUUAAAGAUAAYUCCUCUAAAACAAUUAAAAUAUUACACAACUACUGAAAAUUUAAACAAGGGGAAUCUAACCAAAAGUUGUGUACCUGUCAGACAAAAACCCGUACACCAAACAUAGGAAUUUGGUCUGUCUGUUUAACUUUCCAAUUAUCUACAGUUGGCUCCCUCAACACACGGUUUCUCUUCACUGGGACCUGAAUAUACUUGGUUUGAAAAGGCUUUCAGAAGUGUCAAAAGCUGUCGUUUAGGAUUUACAGGACAGAAUAAGUUCAAGGUUUGUGUUUUCAAUUUCAAGCAAGGAAAAAAAUGGGUCAGAUCUGAGAUGGAGACUUGUGACGGGUUCUGGCAGAUUUAGGGGCAGACUGUACUUCCCCAAAGUCACCGCAGCUACAGGGACGUGACAGCAAGCUGCUUACAAUAAAUGAGAAGUUUUGACACGUAUGUUUUCCCAGAUGCUGGGGCAGGAAGUUAAGAGGGAGACCUAUCUGAUCCUUGUAAAUCAAAUACUUCCUUUUAGCACAGCUCACUCUGAAAACAUGCUAAAUGCAAAUAAAGACAAAUCUGCUUUAUAAACGAUUUCAUAAACAAAAAACAGGGCUCAGAAAAAGUGGGAGACAGACUUCAGAAAUUGCACAACCUUUGGAAACACUUUUUCACUUUUUUUUUUUUUUUUUUUAAGGAAACAUCACUUUAAAUCACAGCUUUACCUAAAUAAAGGUGAUAUCUGUAUGACUGAUAACUGUAUGCA